AUUUAUUUUUACUUCACCGCCGUAAAGUGCGCCAUCGCACUGUGCCUUUAAUUUUUACUUAGGUCAGAAUGGAGGUUACAAACGAGAACCUAGCAACUCUUUCUAAUUUUCUUCAACAAACGCUCUCGCCUGAUCCAAAUGUCAGAAAACCAGCUGAGAAGUUUCUGGAGUCUGUGGAGGUAAACCAAAACUACCCUCUCCUGCUACUGAACCUGCUAGACAAGCCCAAUGUGGAUCAACAGAUCAGAGUCUCAUCAGCUAUCACAUUUAAAAACUAUGUCAAGCGGAACUGGAGAGUUAUUGAAGACAUGCCAGAUAAAAUACAUGAACAGGACAGAUUAACCAUAAAACAGCUGAUAGUUGGUUUGAUGUUAAAGAGCCCAGAACAAAUACAGAAACAGUUGUCCGAUGCCAUCAGCAUCAUAGGUCGGGAGGACUUCCCCAGCAAAUGGCCAGACUUGCUGGCCGAGAUGGUGACCAAGUUUCAGUCCGGGGACUUUCAUGUUAUCAAUGGCGUGCUUCGGACUGCACACUCAAUAUUUAAGAGGUAUCGACAUGAGUUCAAGUCUCAGGAGUUGUGGACUGAGAUAAAAUUUGUACUGGAGAAUUUCGCUGUGGCCUUCACUCAGCUGUUCAAUAGUACAAUGGAACUAGCAAAGACUCAUACCCAGGAUCCAAAUGCCUUGAAGGUGAUAUUCAGCUCCAUUGUACUGGAGUGCAAGAUAUUCUACAGCCUAAACUUCCAGGACAUACCAGAGCAUUUUGAGGACAACAUGCAGAUCUGGAUGACCAACUUCCUACAGCUUCUCUCUAUUGAUAAUAAGCUACUUCAAACUGAUGAUGAGGAAGAGGCGGGCCUACUGGAGCAAGUCAAGUCACAAGUGUGUGACAACGUGGCCCUCUAUGCCCAGAAGUAUGAUGAAGAGUUUUCCCCCCACCUUCCAGGCUUUGUCACAGCAAUAUGGAGCCUCCUGGUGUCCACUGGACAUGAGGUCAAGUAUGACCUGCUGGUAAGCAAUGCAAUCCAGUUCCUAGCCUCAGUGGCAGAGAGGCCAGCGUACAAGCACCUGUUUGAAAAUCUGGAGACACUCAAAAGUAUCUGUGAGAAGGUCAUCGUACCCAACAUGCAGUUCAGAGCGUCAGAUGAGGAACUGUUUGAAGAUAAUCCAGAGGAGUACAUCAGGCGAGACAUCGAGGGUUCUGAUGUUGACACUCGUCGUAGAGCAGCAUGUGACCUGGUACAAGCCCUAUGUAAGGUUGUUGAGGGGCCUGUCAUACAGAACUUCUCACAAUAUGUUCAGGCACUUCUGGCGGAGUACGCAGCAGACCCAGGCCAGAGAUGGAGAAGUAAGGAUGCAGCCAUCUAUCUUGUCACCUCUCUUGCUGCAAAGGCUCAAACACAGAAGCAUGGCAUUACACAGACGAGUGAGCUGGUGAACAUCACAGACUUCUACAACUCCCACAUAGCUCCUGACCUGCAAAAGGCAGAUGUUAACUGUACCCCUGUGAUUAAAGCUGACUGUAUUAAGUACUUGAUGGUCUUCAGAAAUCAGCUGCCCCGAGAGUCAUUGAUUUGCAGUUUUCCACUCCUCAUUAGUCACCUGACAGCUUCCAGUCACGUGGUGCACACGUACGCGGCGCACUGUAUGGAGAGGCUGCUUAUGGUGCGAUCACCACAGGGACAGGCUGUCAUCACCUACACUGACGUCCAGACGUGUGCUACUAAACUAAUAGAGAAUCUUUUGGGUGCAAUGAACCUGCCAGGUUCCACCGAGAAUGAGUAUUUGAUGAAAGCAAUCAUGCGGAGCGCAUCCAUGAUGCAAGAGAAUCUCGUCCCGCUGGUGGGGGUUAUUCUAAAAAGUCUCACUGAAAAACUUCUGCUUGUUGCGAAGAACCCAAGCAAGCCCCACUUCAACCAUUACCUGUUUGAGACGUUGUGUGUGACGAUCCGCACCACAUGUAAGGUGAACCCUGUCACUGUUGCUGAGUUUGAGCAAGCUCUCUUUCCACCAUUUACUGAAAUACUCCAGCAAGAUGUCCAGGAGUUUAUACCAUAUGUGUUCCAAAUUCUCUCCCUGCUUAUUGAGCUACACACGGACGCCAUUCCAGACACAUACAUGCAACUGUUUCCACACUUACUUGUUCCGUUGCUAUGGGAACGCCCUGGAAACAUUCCACCUCUUGUGCGUCUUCUUCAGGCAUACAUUGAGAAGGGAGGACAGCAGAUUGCAGUUGACAAACUGAAUGGGCUUCUGGGAAUCUUUCAGAAGCUAAUCGCAUCAAAACAGAACGACCAUGAGGGCUUCUAUCUGAUGAACUCUUUAAUAGAACGAAUGCCAAGUGAAAUAUUGCAGCCAUAUAUGAAACAAGUAUUUGUUCUCCUGUUCCAAAGACUACAGAGCUCAAAAACUACAAAAUACAUUAAAAGUCUGCUUGUGUUUUUCUGUGUGUACAUGAUCAAGUACGGUGCUCCAGCUCUCAUUGAAAUGAUCGACGCUAUACAAACAAAGAUGUUUGGUAUGGUUAUUGAGAAGCUAUUUGUUGCCGACCUACAGAAGGUUUCUGGUACGUCUGAGAAGAAAAUCUGUGCCCUUGGUGUGACAAAACUGCUAACCGAGGCACCAGCUAUGGUGUCUACAUAUGGAGAGUACUGGGCCAAGUUGUUGCAGGCCCUUAUAGGAGUGUUUGAGCUGCCAGAAGAUGACAGCGUCCCUCCGGAUGAGCACUUUAUAGAAAUAGACGACACUCCAGGGUACCAGACAGCAUAUUCCCAGCUGGCAUUUGCAGGUAGAAAGGAACAUGACCUUUUGUCAGAGACCGUACCACAGCUAAAGAUGGGCCUUGCCAAGAAUCUAGAAAAACUGGGUGCUCAGCAACCAGGAAAGCUGAUGCCUCUAAUCAAUACUGGAGUACAACCUGAGGCUCAGAAAUAUCUCCAAGAAUAUCUGUCUGGUGCAGGAGUGACCCUUACCUAACACUGGACAAAUUGGCCUCAUCAGUUGUGCUAAGAACUUUUUGGACAAAAUGUGUACAGCUCUACAGUUGACAAAUGUUGAUGUAAAAAUAGUCCUUUGUUUUGCUAAAUUUUAACAAGGCUCUUUUGAGUAAUCUAAAAUCUUGAACAUAAGUCACUAUCUUCAAAACCAAUAAUUAUAAAAAGAUUUAAAUGAAUCUUGGUUAACAUGUAUACAAAUAAAUAACCAACAAUACUCUGGCUGAAAUAUUUCUGAGUUAAGCACCAGAGUUAUGCCCCUUGAUGCUAUUGUGAAAAACGGAUGAGCUGCAAACAGUUUACUUCUUUAAAGAUCUUCAAAGAUAAUGUUUAAACAAAGCAUGAAGAAAAACUGUAUUUGUUUUUAUCAAAUCAUGUUCUACAUACAUAUUGCAACCACUUUUGGUAAUGGUGUGUAGUUUAUAUACUGACUUUCAACAACUUUAUGUUUGUACCAAACAGUUUGAAACGUACUGUACCACGAAUUAUGUUAAAUAUUCAGAACAUUUCAGCGACCAACUUUAAGCUUGCCCUAGCGCUCAAGGAAGGGUUAGCUAUUGUGGUCCAUCUGUUGUCAACAAUUGCUUAAAGCAAAAAUCUCCUCCUAUAACACUUUGUCAAAUUCAACCAAACUCUUUCAAAUGUGUUCAAAGAAAUAUCUUCCAUUGAGAACUUGCCAAUGUUGGAAGGCUAAGAGCUUGAAUAUUUUGCAUGUUGCAUUGUUUAGUGGUCCUUGACCAAAAUUGUUUAAAUCAUGCGCCUGGAAUCAAAAUUAGCACCUACGCGGGAGUCACUUGUUUGCAUUGACCAAAUAAGGAAAAAGUUUUCAAAUCUUCAUCUCCAAAAUGUCAAGGCCUUGAGGUAAGAUAUUUUGAAAGUAGCAUUGUCUAGAGGUCCUCUACCAAGAUUGAACUGUUCAAAUCAUGCCCCUGAAGUCACAACUGGCCCUGAGGGGGUCACUUGUUUUAAAUUUACUUAUAUGUGACAGAAUUGGAUGAAUAUAAUGAAUUUAUUUUUAGCUCACCUAAGCACAAAGAGCUCACCCUUUGUGAUAGGGGGAUUUUCCAUUGUCCAUCUGUCGCCAACAUUUUCCUUCAAACAACUUUUCCUCAUACUUCACAAGAAUGUUCUUUGGAUGGUCUUCCAGAUUCCUUCUGGAAUAAAUGUGGCUCCAUGCAGAACCCAUUCACUAUGUCCAUAUGGAAAACUUUGAAAAUCUUGUUCUCAGAAUCCGCAGACCCAAUUUUAAAAUAAUUCCAUAGAAAUGAUACUUAGGUGACCCUCUAUCAAAUUUCUUUACCCUAUGUUGAUUUGUAAAACAUCAUGGCUGCCAGGGAGCAGGGCUACUUUUGACUACAUGUCAAUUCGUAAAAUUUUGAAGAACUCCUCAGAAUCUGCUUGGCUGAUUUAAAAACAAUUUCACAGAAAUGUUUCUUAGUUUACCCUCGAUCAAAUUCCUUCACCCACUUUUAAUUUAUAAAAAAAACAUGGCCACCAGGGGCGGGGCUGUUUUUCACAAUACAGUUGAAUCGAUAUUCUAGGGCCCGGCCAAAAUACUUCAAGCUUUGCGAAUAUCGUGCCAAGUGAGAAUGUGUAUUUUUCCUUAAUUCGUUGAAUAAAGUCAUGUUUACUUUG